GACCGCCGGAGCCCGCAGCCGGGAGCCCGACCGCCCCCGCCGCCGAGGUUCCUGCCUGAAUCCCAGCUUGGGAGCCCCCAGCUGCCUGCUGCCACCCCCAACCCCAGCCCCCCAUCACCAUGCACUCCUUGGACGAGCCGCUCGACCUGAAGCUGAGCAUCACCAAGCUCCGGGCGGCGAGAGAGAAGCGGGAGAGGACGCUGAGUGCGGUCCGGCACCGAGCUCUGCACAGGGAGCUCGGCCUGGUGGACGACAGCCCCACCCCGGGCUCCCCGGGCUCCCCACCCUCAGGCUUCCUGCUGAACCCCAAGUUUCCCGAGAAGGUGGAGGGGCACUUUUCGGCAGCCCCUCUGGUGGACCUCAGCUUGUCGCCACCGUCUGGGCUGGACUCCCCCAAUGGCAGCAGCUCACUGUCCCCUGAGCGCCAGGGCAACGGGGACCUGCCUGCUGUGCCCACCGCCCCGGACUUCCAGCCACUGCGCUAUCUGGACGGCAUCCCCAGCUCCUUCCAGUUCUUCCUGCCUCUGGGCUCCGGGGGGGCCCUGCACCUGCCUGCUUCCUCCUUCCUCACCCCCCCCAAGGACAAGUGCCUCUCGCCAGAGCUACCCCUGCCCAAGCAGCUGGUGUGUCGCUGGGCCAAGUGUAACCAGCUCUUUGAGCUCCUGCAAGACCUGGUGGACCAUGUCAACGACUACCAUGUCAAGCCCGAGAAGGAUGCGGGGUACUGCUGCCACUGGGAGGGUUGUGCCCGCCACGGCCGAGGCUUCAAUGCCAGGUACAAGAUGCUCAUCCACAUCCGCACGCACACCAACGAGAAGCCACACCGCUGCCCCACCUGCAGCAAGAGCUUCUCUCGCCUGGAGAACCUGAAGAUCCACAACCGGUCACACACAGGUGAGAAGCCCUAUGUCUGCCCCUACGAGGGCUGCAACAAGCGCUACUCCAACUCGAGUGACCGCUUCAAGCACACGCGCACUCACUACGUGGACAAGCCCUACUACUGCAAGAUGCCCGGCUGCCACAAACGCUACACGGACCCCAGCUCGCUGCGCAAGCACAUCAAGGCCCACGGCCACUUCGUGUCCCAUGAGCAGCAAGAGCUCCUGCAGCUUCGCCCGCCCCCCAAACCCCCGCUGCCUGCCCCCGACGGCAGCCCCUACGUCAGCGGGGCCCAGAUCAUCAUCCCCAACCCUGCCGCCCUCUUCGGAGGCCCCGGCCUGCCUGGCCUGCCCCUACCCCUGGGCCCCGGCCCCCUCGACCUCAGUGCUCUGGCCUGUGGCAACGGCGGGGGCGGUGGGGGUGCAGGGGGCAUGGGCCCUGGGCUGCCAGGCCCCGUCCUGCCCCUCAAUCUGGCCAAGAACCCGCUGCUGCCCUCGCCCUUUGGGGCUGGUGGACUGGGCCUGCCUGUGGUCUCCCUCCUCGCUGGCUCCGCUGGCGGCAAGGCCGAGGGGGAGAAGGGGCGUGGGCCAGGGCCGGCCAGGGCCCUGGGUGUGGAGGGCCGCAAGACACCCCUCGAGAGGACUGAGAGCAGCCGCUCCCGGCCAAGCCCUGAUGGACUUCCCCUGCUGCCAGGCACUGUGCUGGACCUGUCCACGGGUGUCAACUCGGCGGCCAGCAGCCCAGAGGCACUCACUCCUGGCUGGGUGGUCAUCCCACCAGGUUCCGUGCUGCUGAAACCGGCCGUGGUGAACUGAACCUGGUGGACAGCUUCCCGCCACCCAGCCAGCAGCUGCCGGCCCUGCCCCUGACGAACGGAAACUCUUCUGUGAAAUAGCAAUAACGUCCUCCUGCCCCUGUGGCCUGGUUGGCUGUGUUCCCCCGGCAGACCCAGCCUCAGACAAGCUGGGCAGCCAGGAUGGUGCUAGAAGGUCAUUGCUGGCGUCCCAGGCUCCCAAGGGAGGAACAGCUGUGCUCCUGGGUGCUGAGGCCUUGCUCACCUCUGGCCCUCCCCCUGCCCUGCCCUCCACCCAGCCCUCAGUCCCUAUGGUCCCCAACCGUGGUGCCUCCCUCAUCCAGUGGCCAAUCUGGGCAGGUCGCCCUCCCUCCCUGCCUUGCUUACCUGCCAGCCACGUCCCCGCAGUGGGGGCAGCUGGGGUGGCCUCCCUGCUGCCAUGGGGCUCCCUCCCCACCCCCUUCACAUGGUGAGCUGUGAUGAGGAGCCCCCUGGGAUCAAAGCCCUACUGCCUCCUGCCUAGCCUUGCUGGGCCCCUGCUCUGGAGGCUCCUUGGACCCCUUUCCCUCUGGUCCACCCUCCAGAGGGAGAGCAAGACAGACGCAGGCCCUGGCAAAGCCACAGGAAAAAGCCACCUUAUCCCUAUGACAAGGUGCCUCCCCGCGUGGAGAGGGAGGCCCGCUCUGCCAGCUGCCCCUCACCACUCACCCCUCGCAAACAGCCAGCACGGCCCAAGGGUGGCCCCUUCUCUGGGUUGACAGU